AUGACAUACUACGGAGGAUAUUCACAGGGUCAAGACAUGUAUGCAGACAUGCCAACUCAUGGACCUCCUCAAAACUAUGGUCAUGUACCCCCAGCAAAUUAUUAUCAGACGCAGUAUCAGAUGUACCAACAACCAAGCCAACACUAUGGCAGUUAUGGCAACUAUUACACAAAGAAUGUAUUUCAAGUGAAUGCCUGGGAAGCAUAUCAGUUCAGACAUCCAAGUGAUCUGGAAAUGGUUUUUACACAAGAAAUGCAGAAAAAUCCUGAAAAUAUGAUGAGAAAUGCAAUUCAGUCAGAGGAUUUGAUGAAUGUCCUGAACAACACCCCUAGCAUACGUAACUUUUUUAGAAUAAACUGGAGUAGAGAAAUGUGCAGCAUUAUGAUUGCCAUGCUGGAUAGAUCUCAGGAUGGCUUCAUGCAGUGGAGUGAGUUUCUGGAACUUCAGCAGUGUCUGGUAGCCUGGUACAAGAUCUUCUGUCAGCAUGAUGUAGACAGAAAUGGAUUCAUUGACGCAUCAGAGCUCAUCAGAGUCAUCAGACAAUUGUUUGGCUACCAGAUCCAACCAGAAACACUGGAGACAAUACUUAAACGUUAUUCUCGUGUGGUGCCACCUAACAGCCGCUGUAUCAUUGCAUUCGAUGACUUUGUGGCCGUCUCUAUAAGACUUCGAGCGUACACAGAUGCUUUCAGAAAGAGAGACAGUUUAACACAUGGGGGAACAGAAACUGGAAGCUGUAUGCUUGGCUAUGAUGAUUUUCUGAGAUGUGUCCUAUGUCUAUAA